GGAGGGUGGUUCGGAGUUAUCUCCUGACACUGGACCGCGGAGUGUGAAGUUAAACCAAGCAGAUGGAGAUGGGUUGCCUGGUGUUUCAGUGGCUGUCAAUGUGUCCACUGGUGCGCCCUCCCUCCCCCCACCCCGGCGGUCAUGUGAUGCGCCCGUCCGCCCCGUCGUCUCUUUUGUUGUUUCGGUGGCUCAGUCCCCGAAUUCGCCCCUGUGAGGAGGGCAGGAUAACCGAGAGCGGCGGCCGAGGCACUGGCAGAGUGAGGGGAGGAAGGGAAAGAGACCGAACCAUUCUAUACUAGCGUCUUCUUCAACAGGGGGAGAAGGUUCGAGGAGCUGUUUGAAAUAAUUAGCUCUGAAGAGCAGCGGCGUGUCCUGAACACGGAGAGAAAGCGAAGAGGCAGCGGGAGGGGAUGGAUGGUGCGGGGACAAGCGAUUCUUCCCGUUGGCUGAGGAGGAGCCGCCGCCUGUUCCGCGUCCCCUUCUCCCACCCCCGAACAUUCGCCGCGGGCUUGUUCGCCUUCAGUCAGCGGCUCUUCUCCGCUCCGGCCAUGGUGGUGUCAGAGUUGCUCGCCCCUUCCCAGCGCGCAUCAGCCGGACCAUCGGUGUGUUGUUGCCUGUGGUUGUUCGCCGUGCUGCUGCUCGGCAGCCUGCCCGCGGGACUGCCUGCCAGCCCGCUCUCCAGCGCCGAGUGUCAGAACGGCAAAGGCAGAGGAGCCAACUGCUCAGAUGAUUUUAAAACAUGUGACGAAACUACGUGUAAAUAUGGUGGAGUCUGUAAGGAAGUCGGUGAUGACUUGACAUGCUCAUGCCAGUUCCAAUGCCAUAAACGUUACAUCCCGGUUUGUGCAUCUAACGGAGACACCUACCAGAAUGAAUGUUUCAUGAGGCUAGCUGCAUGCAUGCAUCAAAAAGAGAUCAUAGCAGUCACAGACAGCCCUUGUUACACAGAAAACGGCUCUGGAUCGGGAGAAGGAGAAUACGAAGGCUCGGGACUAGAACGACGGCCAAAACACGCAAAGUGUGGAAAAUGCAAGUUUGGGGCAGAAUGUGAUGAAGAUGCAGAGGAUGUCUGGUGUGUGUGUAAUAUAGACUGCAGCAGAUACAACUACAAUCCAGUGUGUGCAUCUAAUGGGAAGUCAUAUGAUAGCCCUUGCCUUGUCAAAGAAGCAUCCUGCCAGAGACAGGAGUGGAUUGAAGUAAAACGUAUUGGUAAAUGCCAAGAUGACGCUGGUUCUUUGGGGAAGGACAAUGGAUUUCAACUGGGAACAGAAAUCAAAGAUGCCAGUGAUCAAAGAGAAGAUAUGUACACUGGAAACUACCAGCCUUGUUCAGAACAUGUUUGCAUGCAUGGUAAAUGUGAAUAUAUUUACGCUCGUCGAGAGACAUCGUGUCUCUGUGACUCUGGAUACAUUGGACAGCGCUGUGAAAACAGGGACUUCAGUAUUCUAUAUGUGGUUCCAAGUGGGCAAAAGCUUCACUAUGUCUUAAUUGCAGCAAUAAUUGGAGCUGUGCAAAUUGCUAUUAUAGUCGCCGUGGUGAUGUGUAUAACAAGGAAAUGCCCAAAAAAUAAUCGAGGUCGCCGCCAGAAACAAAACCUAGGACAUUUUAAUGCAGAUUGCACCACUUCUUCAAGGAUGGUCUAGCUUAAAUCACUUUAUACUCUUUUUCUUCAUUUAUCAUGUCUCUCUGAUUGCUGAAUUACAAAUAAUUUUUCUUUACUGAGAAGAAGAGAUUUUUGUUUCAGAGGCCUUGGUUUUCUGGACCUUUGCCAGCAUAUGGAUUACUGUGUCUGGUAGUACGACCAAGAUGCUGCCAUUUGGGGUAAGCAAGUUAAACAGUCUGAUUGUAAUUAAUAAUUGGGCUGCCCCAUCAGUAGGAAGGGUUCUUGAUUUCUAGAAAAAAUUCAAACAGAAAAAAAUAAGAAAAAUGAGGAAAUCGAAAUAAAAUACUAAUGAAAGGAACAUUUUUGUACUCCAUGAGCAGAAUUUGCUCCUUAUGCCAGUAACAUAUGUUUGUGUAAUAACCUGCCAUGAUGCUCAUAAUGAAAUUACAGAUGACACUCAGAAGGCAGAAAAAUGCCUGAACAGGUUCAAAAAACAAUCAACUGAACAUACUAUAGAAAAGACUCUGAAAGGGAAAAAUGUUUACAACUGACUUUCCUUACAAGAAAUGAAGGUGUUUUUUUUAAAUUAUUGAUGCCUUUUCAAACACUAUUUGCAUGAUUUGUGGAACUGUGUACUGUGAUUAGAUUAAAAUUCAAAGCUGUUUGGAUUGAGUCUGGGGUGGACAUCUGACUGCCACCACUCUAAUAACUCUGACUUUACAGCUAUAUUUGGCUUCCCUUGGUGUAAAUUUAGUAUCACAUAAAUGUAACGGGUGGUGCAUGUGAUGUGUGCCACACAAAAAAUGAUUUCUCUUUUUAGAAAAGACUAGGUUGAUCAUUUGGUGUCUUCACUAAGAUUCAAAUUGUUUAAAAAGUUAAAUACAUUGUUAUUUGUCACUAUCACACUGUGAUAAAAUACACUGUAAUUAUUAAAAUGUGCUGUACUUGAAAUUACUUUGAAAAUGGUACUAAAAUUACAACAGUGUCAUCUACUGGGUUUGUGUAACAGGGAUUGUGGCUUAACGAAGUUUCAUGGUUCAUCUCCUCUGACAGGUUGUAGGAUGUCUUGAAAUCAGCUAUCACUAUGUUCUAGAACACAGUAUAAUUUAAAUCUCUGCAAAGAGAAAAUUGUGCCAUCUCAUUUCGUAAUUCAGAUCUGACAAAAUUCUGUAAGGUUUAUUUUCCACAGUUGUUCCUUCAGCUUCUUAUCAGAUUGUAAAUUUUCAAAUAUAAUGCUGCAGUUUAACUGAGUGAAAUUGUUCUAGUUUAUUUUCAGAUCAAUGGUAUUGAAGUGAUGAUCUUCCUUGUCUUUUUAUUUCAUGAAGAGAUAAGAAGUUUUAUUUUAUUCAAAAUUCUCUUUAAAUCUUGGAUCGUGAUGCUUGGUAGUUAUUUUGAGUACGUAUCAAUGAAAUAGAAAUCUGAAAGACCUUAUUUAGAGAUAAUCCAACAAAAUGUAACAAUGAAUUAUUUUCUUAACUUGUCAACAGUAAGCCAUGCCAUACACGCUUCUUGCCAUGUAACACUGAAACUGACGAGUACUUUGAAAAGCACUGUAAACUGUAAAGCUGUAGUUGGAUGAUAGCACUUGUCUCCAAGGCAGAGGGCUGUGUGAUCAAGUAACACUCGGGAGACUUGAAUGCACAAUUUAGACUGAUAAUAUAAUGCAGAUAUCAGGGAGUGCAAUGCUGUUAGAGUGCCUAACAGUGUCUUACAAAUAAGUUGUUAAAUUGAUUGUAUGGUUUGCCUUCUCAGGUGCAUACAUAAUAUGCCAAGACACAAUUCGAAGAAGAGUAGCUGAAUUCUCAAUAAUGUCCUAGACAGUGUUUAUCUAAAGCCAACUUCAUUAAUAUAGA